AUGCGUUCGCAAACAUCCUUCACGACCAAGCAAGUCUGCACCUACUUCUUCACCCCGCUGCUCGACGAGCAAGAUGAGCCCACUGAGCACUUUCGCUGCCAGUUUGGCACAGUGCACAAACAAGACGUCAAGACGGGCUACUCGAACCUCUUUAGCCACGUGCUGAAGCAGCACCCCGACUACGUGACCACGCUGGCGAACAGCGGGUUCAACUCGGGGACGAUGGUCGUUUUUAUAGACCAGAAGAGCCAGACCGCCUACUGCUGGCUGGACUUUGUCACUGAGCGCAACCUCCCUUUUUCGUUCUGCGAACACCCGACUGUGGACAAGUACACGACGAUGAAGCGGAUUUGCACCGAGACGCUGUUGAAGUACGCGGUCUUGGUGACCAAGGAGGUCGAGAUUGGCAUCAGUGCGUUCAUCCCUCUCAAAUUCGGUAUCAUACUUGACGGGUGGAGUUUCCACUCGGAGCAUUACGUCGCCGUUUUUGCGGUUUUCGAGCAUGACCAGCGCUCUGAGAAGGUUCUCCUGGCAUUGGCUCCAAUCGCGGAUGACGGUGUUGAGGACCAGACGGCUGAGAGCUACGGCGCUUUCCUGACCGGUAUUCUACCGUUUUUCAAGCGGGACAUUUCCAGCAUCAUCUACCUCGUGGCUGACAAUUGCUCUGUCAACACGAGGUUGGCUGGUUUGCUUCAGGUGCCGUUCAUCGGUUGCGCCAGCCAUCGGCUGAAUUUAGCGGUCAACGUGUACCUCUCCGACUAG